GCGGAAGUGGAAUCAGCGGAUCGCCAAUCACAAGACGGUUUCGAGGGAAUUUGUGCGAAUUUCUGCGUACACCGUUCCGCUCUAUUUGCACCCUCAGGUUUCUCUCUGCGUUUAUACACUUGUAAACAAGAUCGUAUUUCAUAUCUAUGUAUACAUUUUUAUCGAAUAAUAAAACAAUAAAGAUUCGGUACUUCUAAAUAACGAUUCUGGAUUAAGAAAAAUUAUUUUAGGUAUAAAGUAUACACUUCUCGUGUGUUUGAUUCGAUUGGCAUAAAUAUAACCUGUAACAUGGAGAGAAAAAAUUAUGCAUUAGCUGGAGAAACUACGGAAGACCAAUUAACAUCAGUUAUUUUAGCAACAGAAGUACAAGAAUACAAGCCAUUACCUGGUUUUCAUCAACGCGUUCGUAAUUUACAAUAUUGUCGUGCUCAACAAGACAUCGAUUGUGACGAAGUGUAUCCUGGAAUAUAUAUUGGUGAUAGUCUUACAGCAAGAAACAAGAAGUAUCUUAAAAUGUUAGGUAUAACACAUUUAUUAAAUUCUGCUGAGGGAACAAGAUUUGGAUUUGUAAAUACUAAUAGUAAUUACUAUGCGGAUACAACAAUAAAAUAUCUUGGCUUGCAAGUUAAAGAUUUACCUAGUGAAGAUAUUGGUAAAUAUUUUUACACAGCAGCAAAUUUUAUUGAUGAAGCGAUGUCUACAAGAGGCAAAGCUUUCGUGCACUGCAUGCAAGGUGUAUCUCGCAGUGCUACAUGUGUUCUUGCAUACCUAAUGAUAAAGAAAGAUAUGUUAGCAUGUGACGCUUUACACUUGCUCCGUACAAACCGAGAUGUUCGCCCAAAUAAAGGUUUUCUUUGGCAACUAGCACAAUUGGACAAUAAAUUACGUAGACAGCGUUUAACUAGCUAAAUCUUCUUCAAUCGGUGUUGAAAUGAAUUCAUUAUAAAGGAUACAUAAAUAGGACAAUAGUAUAGUUAAUAUAUAUACAAAGUUAUACAGGGUGUGAUUUAAUUUGCGCUCACUAUUUAUACAGUGACAUUUGUAAUGAAAAACUGUGUCAGAAAGUCCCGAGCCAUUUUUUCGAAUCAUGCUUCAUAAAGUAGUUAUUAUUAAGUAAAGAUUAGUCAAUCAGCAUCGCUUUUUAAACGGAACAUCGCCAAGGUACGCGGCUCACUUUAUGCACACUAGUAGAUACGUCUCGCAAACGCGCGUCCGUCUAAAAAAGCGAUACUGAUUAGCUACUUUUUAAUUAAUAAUAACUACUUUAUAAAGCAUAAUUUGAAAAAAAAAUGACUCGGGACUUUUCGACUCAGUUUUUCAUGAGAAAUAUCACUAUAUAAAUCAUAACUAGUAUGUCCAUUCUCUGUCGGCUCUUGAUCUUUUCGGUCUUCCGCCAUGUUUUUGGUCCAAAUUCAGUGGCGCGGGUGUGUAUGUGUGUGUGUGUGUACAUACUCAUCAAAACUACACUACCACACAUACAACAAUUGUCUCAUUAAUGGGACCAUAAAAAUGAUGGAUGCGCAGAAGGGAUUGACGCCAAACCAAAUUAAUGACUGAGUGGGCCUACUAAUUAUACUAUGUAUAAAUAGUAAUUAUACUAUGUAUAAAUAGUAAGCGUGAAUUAGAUUACACCUUGUAUAUCACUUAUAUUUUAUUAAAAAAGCAAAAAUCUGUAAAUAUUAAAUAAAUGUAUGAAAUUAAUAUAUUUAAAAAUAAAUAAUGCCUAUAUAUAAAUCUCUUACUUUCAUUACUUGUAUAUUUGUUAACGUUAGAAGAGAUAUUAGUAUCGAUAUACCAU